AUGAGUGUCAUACAAAUUACUGCACCACAAACCUAGAAUAAUUUUAGAUGGCUGAUCUAAAAGCUGAUUAUGAAAAUGAAUCGAGAGUCAGACAGGAACUCAGAAGAAGCUGCCUAUCGUAUUAACAGAGGGGCUUUGACUUGCUUCACGACUUUGUGUAACACCUUAAGCAUAAACAAUCGAGUGAUCGAAGUCAAUUUAUCUGGUUGUAAUAUUAAUGUUUACUACGCCAUUGAAAUCAGUGGAUUGAUACAAAAAAACAAGAAUAUUUAGAUUUUGAACUUGGGCGACUGUAAAAUUAAUUCAUUCGGUUUGAGUUGCAUAUUCAAGGCUAUGAUUGAUCACACAGGUCUCAAAAUAUUGAAUCUAUUCAACAAUCAAGCAUUUACUACCUAAGUUGUCUAAGACUUUUGCAGAUACGUGUUGGGAGGCAAAAACUUCUUGCAAGAAAUCAAUCUAUCGCAUUGCAAUAUUGAGAACUCAUUGUUAGCCUAAAUAAUGGAUAAAACUCAUAAUUUAAGCUCUUUAAGACGACUGAAAUUAUCCUUGAUGAAUCUGAACUACGAAGGAAUAAUCGCUCUAUCCAGUAUGAUGUUGAAUUACACUGGAAAAUUGAGUUUGGAUUAUUUGGACAUCUCCUACAAUCAAAUUAAAAAUGAUGGAAUUGCAUUACUGGCAAGAGCAUUAUUCAUGUCAGUCAGACUGAUCAAGAUUAAGUCCCUCAAUCUCAAUGGCAAUCAGAUUACUCAAACUGACUAAUUAGAACAAAUCAUACUUAAAAUUUAACUAGAGGAACUAUAUCUUUCUCAUAAUAAAAUUGUAGAAUUUUAAAAUCAACAUGUCCUAACAUUAAAAUUGUUAAAAAUAGAUUUGUCCCACAAUAGAAUUGAAGAAAUACCAAACAAUUUCUUCUUAAAUGUAAUGUAUCUAAACCUAUCCAACAAUUUGAUUGACACUGAAGGGGCCUAUCAGAUAAGUCAAGUACUAUGUUGCAACAUAGUUUAAUGGGCUUAUCUAGAUUUAAGUACAAUUAAUUAAUUCUCAGGUUUUAUAUCAAUAGUUUAUGCUUUGAUUGAGAAUAUCUCUCUGAUUAGUUUAUCAGUGUCUAAAAAUCAAAUAGAUGGUGAGGGUAUCUUGGUUUAUGUGUUUAAUCAUGAACAAAUAAGAUUGCAGUAUUUAGAUGUUUCAUUAAAUCAAUUGAGGUAUGAUAUUGUAUACACAUUGAUUUCAAUGAUGAAAGAGUCAAGAUUAAAGACUCUCCUAUUGUCUUAAUUAAUAAUUGAUGAUAAUGAAAUUUAAAGUGGAAAGCAGGAUUGUUUCGAAAUUAAAUGUACAAACUUAAGAGAAUUGGAUUUCAGUUUUAAUCCUCACAUUAUGUAUCCAGUUCUAGAAUCAUUAAGUAACUAAUACAAUAGACUUGAAUAUUUGAAUCUAAACUCAUGUCAACUGAAUGAACCCAUAUUGAUUGAGAGAUUGAGUCAGCUAAUAGAAAAGACCUACACUUUGACAACCCUAUUAAUAGCUCAUAAUAACUUAGGCGAUUUAAAUUUAUCCUCUUUCGAAUUCUUAAACAGUGCUUUAUCUAAGAAUUCAACUUUAAUUAACUUAGAUAUUUCAAGCAAUAAAUUAAAGAAUGCAAUCUUACUACUUAUAAAUGGCAUAUCAAAUUGUUGUUCUUUGAAAGUAUUGAAUAUCAGCAAUAAUUUAAUUGAUGAAAAUGAGGUGAUAGUCAGAAAAUUACCACUGUUAUUCAAAAAUAGAAAUUUAUAAUAUGUAGAUAUGUCCAAAAAUUGGAUACAUGGUUAAACUCUGUUCAGUAUCAAAGCCAUUAUAUAAAAGAUGCAUUUGUCGUUUCCAUAAUUGUUAUUGUCUAAUCUCAAACUUACAGCCGACGACCUAUUGAUAAUCUCUGAUAUUAUAUCGGAUAUCUACUCUUUUAAGAUACUAGACAUCAGCAUGAAUUAAUCAAUUGAUUAUAUGAAUAAUUUCACUGCCCUAUAAGAUAAUUAAACAAUUAGUUCACUCACAAUAAAUAAAAUGUAAUGUCGCUUAGAGUCCUAUUAAAAUUUAUAAUAAGUAUUGAAAAGAAAUAAGCACUCUUUAAAACUCAUUGAAAUUUCCAACACUCUCAUAUCUCAUAAUUAUCUAUACACUUUAUUGUAAGGUAUGAAAUAUACGAAAUCUUUGACCUCCUUGAUUUUGGAAUAUUAGGUAAUAGAAAGUUAUGCCCUUCUAAAUUCAUUUCAUGAAUUGAUUUAGAUUAAUACAUUAAGGAAUCUAGAAUAUCUAAUUAUCCAAAAGUCGACCUUGUCAAUUGAUUUUUUCUAGAUUUUGAAGGAAAUCUUAAGACAAUCCAAUAAACUCAUAGAAUUGGAUGUGAGCGAAAAUAGGAUUAAUAAGCAUAAAUUUGAAAUCUUAUGUCAAGGGAUUACUUUAAAUAAUAGUUUGUAAAUACUGAACAUUGCAAAUAUCAAACUGAAUGAUUAAAAGUGUUAAAUGUUAAUUUAAUCACUACUCAAUAAUAAGACUAUCAAAUAGAUUGAUUUAUCAAGAAAUAACAUUACUCAAUAAAGUUACUACCAUUUCUUUACUGUAUUCAAAAAUAAUAUCACACAAAUUGAGAAGCUAAAAUUCUCUAAAACAAAGAAGAAAGCUCAAAUUAAGAUAUAUCCCGAUUAUAAAUUUGAUUUUUUUAUUAAUUUUCAUAGGUAAGAACCAAGUUCAUUAUUAUUUUUUAACUUAACUACACUAGACCUAUCUAGAGUAAAGUAUCAACAGGCUAAUCUAGAAUUGAUUAUAAACAGAAUUAAGCCAGAUUCAAUAUUAUAAAAUGUUACUAAGCUCUAGUUUAAUGAAUGUCAAUUCCAGGAUUCUCAUUGUGAACAGCUUCAACAAUUACUAUAGAAUUAAUUGAAACUAAAGGAAUUGUCUCUGGAUAAAAACAAUAUAACUUCAGAUGGAUUUUAUAAGAUAUUUAAUAUUAUACUAUAAAAUAAAAGCCAAUUGGAAAAAUUAACAAUAUCCAACAAUUAAAUUGAAAAUACAAUCUUGCAGUUUAAUUGUGAAUAAAAAUUAUCGUUUUUCAAACUGCUUAUCAUCGAUAAUAAUAAAGCUCUUGGAUCUCAAGAUCUAUUGCUAUUUUUAAAAAAUAAUAAAGGCUUGUAUAUCUAUAACACUUGGAGCUAAAUCUCAGAGGAACUAGCAAUUUAAAUAAUAGAAUCCUACAUACUUUACAGUGUGAAUUAUCAUAUAAAGAAUACUCCUGAUUAUCUGAAAAAUCUAAUAAUUAGGGAUGCUAAUUUGACAGAUAAUUUUCUUAUUUGGUUUGGGACUAAGUAUUUUAAUUUUUAAUAAUUGGAGUGCAUUGACUUUUCUGGUAGUACUAAAUUUAGUACAAGUGUUGGGAAAAUGCAUAUGUACAUAAGCAUGAUCAAUGAAUAAUUUAUGGAAUACAAUUUAAUUUCUGGAAAGAUAGACAAUCAGUAAAGGAUUAUUAAUAUUUUUGAUGAUGGGAUAUUGUAUUAUCUAUUGAUUAAACUCAAAAUGUACAUACUAAAAAGAAACAACAGCAUGAAAUGGAUAAUUUAAAUAAUUAACAAAAAGUUAUAUCAGUAUACAGAUUUCAAAUUAAGUAGUUCACUUUAUAAAUUUCUAAGGUAAAACAAAGUUUACAUUCGAACUUAUUGUGUAAUCUAGUUAAUUCUGGUGCCAAUCUAGGCAAUAUUGAGUGUGAUUUUAGCAUUCUAUUAUGAUUACAAUAUCGACCCGAGAGAAUUGAAAAUGGAUUGCAAAUAUUAGAAUCCAUGUUACUUUUCUACUUAUAAUGAAUAUGCAAUAUUGAUAAGUUUGAUAUAUUUUCUGUUGGUUCUAUACACUUAAGUGUUAAACUUGUAUGUGGCAGUGAAAAUUAGAGUAAAAGCAGUGCCAGAUUAUUGCAUAAGAACAUUUGAAGAAAAGAAGUUUUAAAUUUAUAAAUACCCUCACAAAUAAGAACUAUUUUAGUUUUUCAUUCUGUUGUUCAUAUCAGCAGAUUACUACUUUGAAUUUUAGGUGAUUGGCUUAUGUGUAAGCUUUAUUGAUUAUUUAUAAGACAACAACUUAAUGAGAGAAUUGCAAUAUAAGUUUUUUGUUCAACUCUUUGUGCUGUCUUCAGUUGCUAUAACAAAGUUCAUCAUAGUGAUAUACACCAAUUACAUCAACAUGUAUAAUUUAAUGAAAAAUUUGGAUGCUGAUUAGGCAACGUUAUUUUCAUACAUUUGGAAGAUGAGUGAAAAUAAUUAUGUUCUAGAGAAUAUUCUAAGGUAAUAUUGUCCAUAAAUUGGAAUUCAAGUCAAAAAUCAUCUAUUAAACAGCAGAUAAAUUUAAGAAUUGAUCUAAGCUCUACUAAUCGAUUUGCCGUCUUUCAUAUGUAUUAGCACAUUUUAUUCCCUUUCAACUUAAUACUAUGAAUCCUAGUUUACAUCUCACAUUAUACCUUCAGCAUACUUUUUAUUUAUGAUUGCUAAUUUGAGAGUCUUAGUUGGAUUCUUCUUUCACCUCAACAUUGCACUUACAACACGACCUCCUUAGGUGAAUGGGUUUGAUUUGAAUUAAACUCUCUUGUAAAGAAAAUACCAAUCAUUCUAAAAAGAAUGUGAGAAGCAGCCAUAUGAAACGUGUGAACCCCAAGAGGAUGCAAGAUUGAUGAGUACUUUGAUGAAAUACAGAAGUGAGAAGCAAAUAAUUGUAGCAUUAAAUAAGAAAGAAAAUUGA